UCUAUAUACCAUAGACUCUGGUCUUAGCAUUUUACUUUAGUGAUUUUCUGUAGUCUGUCAACAAUCAACAAUGAGUAAACGAAAGGAUGGAUUUUCUCACGACAAUCAGGAUUCUAAAAUAGCGAGGAACGACACCGCUGAAAGCCAACAUCAGGCAAGUAUGGACUGGAACAUUGACGAUUAUCGCACUAGGCAUGAGCCGGAUGAACAUUGGGAACUAAGGCGACUUUUCAUGGAAAGACAUCAGCCUUCGAUUCCGGAAGAGGAACUCGUUUGCAUGGCGCAAGUUUUUGUUAACGUAGAAUUACUUCACUGUCGAUAUCCUUUAGAAACAAUGCAACGUAUCAAGGAACUAUCUGAAGGAAUAGCAAAUGAAUAUCGUGCGUCGCGAAGAAAUAAACUACAACGUACAUUCGUUUCCGCCUCCAAUGCUGCAUCGUUAAAAGUACAACGAAAAGCUCCUAGCGAUCAAGAAACUUAUCGAGGUUCGGAUCUAAGAACAGAAUACAGCCGAAAGUUCAGGCCUGUAGCGAACAUUAAGUAUUUGAAAGAUGCACAUAACAACAUUGUUUUGCUUAACAAUGACUAUGAACAAACGAAAAUGGCUUUCGACAAAUUAGGAAACAGUAAACUAACGAUGGAUGUAAAAAAAAAUAAUGGAACCGUAGUUGCUGCAAUUAGAGUGAAUAAUUUUGUAUUAGCAUCGGGAUCAAGUGAGGGUGAAAAAAUGGCAAUAAAGGCAGCUAAGCAGACUUUUCUGACAAAUAUGCAGUCGCACUGCUAUCAUAUCAUUCGACAACAAACCCCCGUCGAUUUACAGGAGUCACUCGCAGGUAAAGUUGAAAGAAAAGUUGUUGAAGGAACGGUUGAUCAUAGCGGAAAACCAGCUACAACUGAAUUCAAGGAAAAGAAAAUCGAGGAAAGCAAUUUGGGUUUUAAGCUUUUGCAGAAACUCGGCUGGACUGGGGGUUCACUAGGAUCGAAAAAUGAAGGAAUUGUUGAUCCUAUCAAGUGUCAAAUAAAGAUAGGGCGUAAAGGUUUAGGAGUCAAUUCAGCAAACCAAUCCGCCAACAAUAAAACUGGAAAAAUUAAUCCUCGGGACAAUGUUUAUGGGAUUGACGUGGAAUUCUAUCAGCGUACAAUGCAGAAUUUUCGCAACAUUGGAGUCGAGUAUGAUAUGGUGUUCAGCAACGAGUUCACCAAAGAAGAACGCGCAUUGUUUCACAACAUGGCGCAAAAAAUGCAACUGAGAACACGAAGCUACGGUAAGGAUGAAGAUGGUACCCGACAACUCGUUCUGCUUGGACGCAAACUGGCUCCACAUGAGCUCUUAGACCGAAUCCUUGUUGAGAAGGACCCUAUAUUUUGUCAGAUGUACACAGUAAUACCACCGACGGACGACAAAAAAAAUGAUUGAAUAUCACAAAAAGUUAAAAUCAAAAAUUGUAUGCCUUAUUUAUUUAAUCCUGGAGAGAAAAUCUCAUUCUGGCGUUAAAUUGAUGCAUGAAUUUCAAAUUAUUGUUGAAAAUUCAAUAAUGAGUGA